CCCUGAUGAUUGUAUCACAAAAGAGCUGAAGAUUAAAGCUUUCUGCAGAAGAAUCCUGCUGUUGUUGCGUGCUGUUCUUGCCAGCGAGGACGGGGCGCGCGACAAGUGGUGCCGAAACCCGGGAAUCAGAACAUCACCGGCACAGGGAGGACCCUUCAGACAUCUGGAGAGGAUUCAGAACUGCAGGACAGAAGAAAGCCCAGAGAGGGUGAAGAAAACCCCUUCUGGAUCCCAGAGCGCCUGACAAGGAAGGUCCUGGACAAAGGAGAUGACCUCUCUGUGCCUACUGAUCCUGCUCUCGUCGCUGGGAACCCCGAUUCAGGGAGUACUGAGAUGGGGAAUAUUGUCUGCCUUCCCUAAGCCUAUGCCGGUCCGCUAUAAUGCAGUAGUGUUUCCACGUCUCUUCACUACCAACUCCAGUAUAAAUCUGCCAUACGUAGCCAUGGAUACAGUAACCGCUCCUUUGGGAGAAAACCGAUCCUUUGUAACCAGUGGAUCGUUAUGCUUUACCACCAAUAUAACUCAGACAAACUGUAUUCCCCUCACACGAAAAGCAUAUGGCUGGUAUGAUCCUUAUGACCGGCAUACGGCCGCCUCCUCUUCCAGAACUGCGUUUUCUCAGGCAAAUCUCACCUUGGAGGUCAUCUGGAUCAAUGGUACCUUUGUCCAGCCCAAACCCCCCAAAUCAACACAGCGUAGACCAUAUCAGCCCAGGUAUGCUCCCCAGUGCUUGGGAGACUAUGAGGAAGAUUCAUGGCCUUGGACUGAUUGUCAAUCCCAUACAGCUAUUUGGGUAGACGAGAAUCAGUAUUUCUCCCUCUCACCAGAUAUGUCUAGAGAAACCCUGUGGAAAACCCAAGGAGAGUCUAGUAUUUCACAAGACGUAUCGCUUAACCCGUUCCAUAAAUGGCUGUUAUGCGGUACCAAUGGGUCUUGCACUGAUCUCUCUCCCCUUAGUCUUCUCUUGGGAGGAAACAGCAGCAUGGGGAAUGUCUCCCUCCAGACACAGCUCUCAUCCUCAUGUACAACUUAUAACGCAACUAGCAUGACCCAACUACAUACCGGACCUAUAGUCACAGGAAAUCUCAAGGCUUGUCGCCUGUAUCAGAUCAUUAACAACACUAACCCUCAAGUAGUCCCGCCAACUCCUGUCUGUCUUUAUCCCCCAUUCCUAUUUAUCUUGUCCAAUGAUGGUUUUAGCUCCUGUUCCAAUACCUCCUGUUUUCUGUCUCAGUGCUGGAAUGCGCUUAAUUUUACUAAUGCCUUAGUGGCCCGUGUCCCUCGUUGAGUCCCUGUCCCAGUUGAUGCUCCUGAUUCAAUGACAUUGUUCCGCGAAAAACGCGACUUUGGCAUCACUGCCGUCCUGGUAACCAUCAUGUCGGUGGCCGCAGUGGCCGCCACAGCAGCCGCCAUAGCUUUGGACACCACUAUCAAAACAGCUACAGAACUCAAUAACCUUGCGGAAUCAGUAUCCUCUGCCCUUGACCAUCAGUCCACACUUGAUGGCAAGCUGAAAGGAGGAAUAAUGGUCCUCAAUCAGCGAGUAGAUCUAGUGGAAGAGCAACUAGAUGUGCUCUGGCAGUUAGCCCAAUUGGGAUGUGAGCGAAAGUUUCGCGCUCUCUGCAUUACUAGCAUACAAUAUGAAAACUUUACGCGAGCAGCUAAUCUGUCACGAAGCCUGUCCCAGUAUCUUUCAGGAAACUGGUCCCAAGACUUUGAUGGAGCGUUGGAAGAGCUACGGCAAGAAAUAACCCACAUCAACUCCACCCGGCUGGAUAUCUCCGUAGCAGAAGGACUCUCUUCCUGGUUCCACAGAGCCCUCUCCCACGUCAAAGAGUGGGCGGGCAUGGCUGGAAUGGGUAUAUUCAUGCUUGGAGGUCUCAUGCUCCUACUCUGGUUGUUAUGCAGGCUCCGUGCCCAACGCAGGCAAGAUAAAGUGAUCCUUGCUCAAGCCUUGAUGGCGGUAGAUAUUGGCGCCUCUCCCCAAGUAUGGCUCAACAUGCUCAAUAAAGAAGCUCAGCUUUAGCUUGAGGUAGCCCUUGCACCCUGAGCCCUUGUGGCAUUGCACCAGGCCCGGGUACCUUAUCGCUUACCUGCAGCUUUCCCUAAGAAACUCGCGGUGCAAGAGGGUCAAAGAAAAGGUCCAAGACCCUUUGUACCAGACGGUCCCAACAUCUGCUAGAGGAUGCGAGGCUAUGCACUGCAAGAGGUUUUGGACCCCUCUGAGAGACAUGCCUGAUUGCAUAGGGGUAGAUGUCUACAAACCCCUCUCCGAAAAUAGGACAUCAAAUGUUUCUGGAGAUCAGGCCUCUAUCUCCGCCUCAGCUGACAUGUUCCGUUCUGAGUUUCAACAAAACAAAAAAGGGGGAGAUGUUGGUAGCCAUACCCACCGCACCCAAAGAUGGCGCCCAGCUUAAGGGGAAGUUGUAGGUAAAACAAAAACAACUUCUGGAAAGUCUCGUACUUCCCAGCCGCAUACCACAUGCUAAUUAGGCCUCCACCUGCCAGCCAAUUGGCGCGUCUUAGCAGCUAUGCUAAUGAGGCAUCAUAGGCAGCGUGCAAUCAGCUUGGAGCAUGAGAACUAUAUAAGCUAGCCCAGUCUUUCCCUUGGGUUCUUUCCCCUGAUGAUUGUAUCACAAAAGAGCUGAAGAUUAAAGCUUUCUGCA